UUCUCUCUCUAAAAACUCUCUCUCCCCCCCCCUCUCUCUCUCUCUAGGAUUUCUUUUUUUUUUUUGUCUCUCGCUCUAGAAACUGGAGUUCCGGUUGCCGGUGUAUGGUAUGACGGAUUACCGGUUACCGGCUUGGACAGACGACAACGCGUCGAUGAUGGACGCGUUCGGUAAUUCCGAUCUGACGUCGUUUUGGCCAGCGCCGCCGCUGUCUUCCUCCGCCUCCACCACCGCGAACCACCACCUCUCGCCGCCGCUCUUCAACCAAGAGACUCUCCAGCAACGCCUUCAAGCCCUAAUCGAGGGUGCUCGAGAAAGCUGGACAUACGCCAUCUUCUGGCAAUCCUCCUCCGGCGACUACUCCGGCGGAUCUUUGCUGGGUUGGGGCGACGGGUACUACAAAGGAGAGGAAGACAAAGCCAAGCGCAAGGCGGUGGCUCCGUCGUCCGCGGAGGAGCAGGAGCACCGCAAGAAGGUGCUCCGGGAGCUCAAUUCUCUGAUCUCCGGCGCAUCGCCGUCGUCGUCCGACGAGAUUAUCGAUGAGGAAGUCACCGACACUGAGUGGUUCUUCCUCGUCUCGAUGACUCAGUCGUUUGUCAAUGGAAGUGGGUUUCCGGGUCAGGCUUUUUUCAAUUCGUCUCCGAUUUGGGUUGCCGGAGCUGAUCGACUCGCUUCUUCGCCAUGCGAACGAGCUCGACAGGGACAAGUAUUUGGUUUACAGACCAUGGUUUGCAUACCCUCAGUCACUGGAGUUGUAGAAUUGGGUUCUACAGAAUUGAUAUUUCAGAAUUCAGAUCUCAUGACUAAGGUUAGAGUUUUAUUCAAUUUCAACAGUAUUGAACUGGGUUCGUGGUCGAUGCAGAUAAAUCCCGACGAAAACGAUCCAUCCACGCUCUAUAUAACCGAUCCUUCUUCAAUCGAAAUCAGAGAGACAGUUAACACUACUACCCCUGUUUCAAUCCCUCCGAACAAUCACCAAUCUUCGAAGCAAAUCGCAUUCGAAAACCCCAAUUCAAUCUCUUGCCAACAAACCCAGCAACAACAAACCCAUUCCCAGAGCUUCUUAGCCAGAGAAUUGAAUUUCACUGAAUUCGAUCGCGAUGGAACUAGUAUCAGGAACGGGAAUUCGACUUCGUGUAAGCCUGAAUCGGGUGAGAUAUUGAAUUUCGGGGAGAGUAAGAGGAGUUCAUGUAGUCCCAAUGAAAAUCUAUUUUCAGGUAAUUCUCAAUUCGGGUCUGCAGAGGAUAAUAAUAGCAAGAAGAAGACAUCACCGACUUCGCGAGGUAGCAACGAAGAAGGCAUGCUUUCGUUUACUUCAGGUGUGAUCUUGCCCUCUUCGGGGACAGUGAAGUCUAAUGGUGGUGGGGGUGGUGGCGGAGAUUCAGACCACUCUGAUCUCGAAGCCUCAGUGGUUCGGGAAGUUGAGAGUAGUAGAGUCGUAGAGCCGGAAAAAAAGCCUCGAAAACGAGGUAGAAAACCCGCGAAUGGAAGAGAAGAGCCAUUGAAUCAUGUGGAAGCAGAGAGGCAGCGAAGAGAGAAACUCAAUCAGAGGUUCUAUUCGCUUAGGGCGGUAGUUCCAAACGUGUCGAAAAUGGAUAAAGCUUCGCUUCUUGGAGAUGCCAUUGCUUACAUCAAUGAGCUGAAAUCGAACCUCCAAGCUGCAGAGUCAGAUAAAGAUGAGAUGAGGAACCAAAUUGAUUGUUUGAAGAAAGAAUUAGCUAACAAAGAAUCGCGAAAUUCAGGUCCACCACAACCGCCCGAUCAAAACCUCAUAUCGAACCAUCAUGGAAAUAUUAGCAAUCUAAUUGAUGUGGAAAUUGACGUCAAGAUAAUUGGGUGGGACGCGAUGAUUCGAAUACAGAGUAACAAGAAGAACCACCCUGCAGCGAAGGUAAUGUCAGCUCUGAAAGAGCUCGACCUCGAUGUUCACCAUGCUAGUGUGUCUGUAGUGAAUGAUUUGAUGAACCAACAGGCAACGGUGAAGAUGGGGAGUCGAUAUUACACGCAAGAGCAGCUCAGGAUGGCCUUAUCGGCUAAAAUUGGCGAUACACGAUGAUGAGCAUUGGAUGCGUAGAGAGAGUUCCACGAGAGCAGAUUGAUUGUGCCGAUGCUCUGGGACAUUUUAAAGGCUCCCGGAAGCGAGCUCUGUAAUAUACAUUUGUUUUUGAAUUGUUGAUCUUGAUUAGCUUUGUUUCUAGUAUAGAUUUGAAGCUUUUUGAGGAGAUUUGAAUUAUGGACAAAGCUAUGUUUUUUUCCUCUAAGUUUUGGUGUCCGCGCCCCCCCCCAUGUUUUGUGUAGUUUAAAUCCAAUGUAUAUAUAGAACAUAAAGCAGAUGAAUUUUCAGGCUUCUUUCUUGUUCAUGCCAAUUAGAGGUCUAUGUAUGUUUCAUGAAUGCAUCUUGUGUUUUCUUUCUUGUAUCA